AUGUCAGAUUCCUUCUUUUCUCAUUCUCCUAUUUCUUCGUCCGUGCCCGUUACAUUCUUCGGACCAAGAAGAUUAUCCGAGAUCAGGAAUGACGCUUUAGGUAAGAGAAAAAGGAACCAGAAAGGCAGACAGGUGAUCCUUUACGAACCCGACAGAGAACUGCCACCUCGGAAACGUCGUCGGGUUCAGCCACCUGAGGAUUGCCACUGCAAUUGGCAUCCAUAUUCGGCAUCAUCCUCCGUCCGACCACCGGCAGCUCAACCGUGGCAUCAGAACGACCGUUUCGUGCGCCACCUCCCAACGGCUGAACUCGCCGCUCUUGUUGACCCACCUUCUCCUGAAACAAUCCCAAGCCUGCACCACCGCCUCCUCUUCACCAACCUAAACAAUCCUAUCCAUCCCCUCUUCCGGGCCCUUACAGGUCUAGCCAUUACUCUUCCCUAUCUUGCAACCUCUCUUCGCCUCGCAACAAAAUUCCUCAUCUCCCCUCAUACCUUACCAUUCUUCCAUACCCUUAUCACGACCCCUCUAACUCUCUUGCAGGCAGAAUCCUACAUCUUCAACGCACCCGUAACAUGGCUUUCAGAAUCCUCAUUUGCCGGUCCGCCAGGAACAGGCUUGCCACCAGCGGAGUACCAAUUGACGAUGGAGACUUUAGUGACGCUAACAGAUCACAUCAGUAUCCAGAUCAGUCCGGAUCCACGACUGGCAACCAGGUGGGCGUAUACAGAACGGCACACCCCGCCACAACACCGCACGUCGGGACAAACGGCAGGGGACUUGAGACAAUCCAGCAGUAGGAACGCAGACACGAUUUGGAACAGAGCUCCUUCCCACCCCCGCGCACCUCCACCCACCACAUCCACAAGCACAUCCACAACCACAUCCACAACCACAUCCACAACCACAUCCACAACCACAUCCACAACCACAUCCACAACCACAUCCACAACCACAUCCACAUCCACACAACCACAUCCACAACCACAUCCACAACCACAUCCACAACCACAUCCACAACCACAUCCACAACCACAUCCACAACCACAUCCACAACCACAUCCACAACCACAUCCACAACCACAUCCACAACCACAUCCACAACCACAUCCACAACCACAUCCACAACCACAUCCACAACCACAAGCCUUCACUUCCCCUUCCUCCAACAGCAACAGGAAUCACAAUGCCACUUGCAAUUCGAAAGACACUGAUAAAAAGCAGCAACACCUCCGCGCCCUCAAUUUCCGCGGCACGCACGCGCUCAUCAACAUCUCCCCACUCUUCCUCCGCAUGACGCAUCCGCAUUUCACCCAUUCACCCCGACCACAGCCAGAAUCGCAAACCAGCACGCGAGGACCAGGCAAAGAAGGUAAGCAAGAGACGACGACGACGACGACAAGAUGCGAAGAAAUAAGCGACGCGCAGAGGGAACGCGCCAUCUUCUUCCUCGCCGUCACGCUCGUGCACGAACUCGCCCACGCCGUCUUCAUGACCCGAUUCCCCGUCCUCUCCCAGAGUAACACGCAGACCGCCUCGACGACCGGGCCCGGUCACGCAGGAGAGGACGAUGCGGCGGCGGCGGGCCACGCGUGGGAAACCGGCGUCUUCGCUGGUGGGAAGAUCUUGGCACUGGCUCAGGAUGAUUGGUUCGGUCUGGGGCUGGGGUGGAUGAGGUGGCCGGGGGCGGAUUCUUUCUUUGUGCGCGAUCGGCGGGGGGGCGUGAGGGCUUUCUGUCGGCUGGGAACGCGAGGGAGAAGAGGUGGUGGUGAUGCUUCGGAGAGGGGGAGAGGGAGAGGGAGAGCGAGGGCCAGAAGUAGCAGGAACGAAGAGAAGAUUCUCGGCCCACUCAAGUACGAGACGGUCUACCCGCUCGAUUGGAGAUAUAUACGCCGUUUUUUUCUCGGGGAGUUUUGGGAUGGUGUUGUGCAUGGCACCAACGCAGCUUCUGGCGAUGAUGUGGCCAUGGAUAUAGAUGCGAUAGGUAGAGGUCCGGGUGUGGGUGUGGGUAUGGGUGUGCAAGCCUUCACUCCACCAAAGACGCUGGGUUCCCGGGUCAGGAAUUACGACUGGAUCGGCCAUCGCUACUCACGCCCUGCUGGCCGCACUGAUAACGACACCGGCACGGAGCCCGAGGACGGUGAGGAUGACGGCUACAGCAGCACCUGCAGCAGCCUUACCCGCGGCCAUGAUGUCCAUGGCGUAGUGAGGGAGGGGCAGGUUUGGAUCGCUAGCGAUGACGAUGACGAUGAGGACGAGGACGAGGACGAGGAUGAAUACUGA